UUAAUUCGAGUGGCGCGGGGCCGGGCCGGGGCAAUGCAGGCCGCGCUCCGGGCUCGCUCCGGCAACCGCCCCCUGUCGCCAGUCAUGGAGCGGCCCAGCCGCGCCUGGCAUCACACGCGCGCCGCCCUGGAGCAGCUGGAGGCUGCACUGCGCUGCUCCCGCUGUGACCACGUGCUGAGGGAGCCUGUGUGCCUGGAUCAGUGCGAGCACGUCUUCUGCCUUGACUGUGUUGGUGAUUGUGUUGGCACAGAAUGUCCAGUGUGUCACAUGCCAGCCUGGGUACAAGAUGUACAAAUAAACAGGCAGUUAAACAACAUGAUCCAGUUGUGCAGCAAACUACGGCAGCUACUGGGCACAGAUCCAGCUCUCCCACCAGAUUCUGCAGAAGACUUGUCCACAUCAAUAAGAUAUAAUCAAGAUAUGGGAAAUAAGAAGCAGAUAAAAAUGUGGUUCAGUCCACGCAGUAGAAAGAUUAGAUGCAUCUUGAAUAAGAAUCAGGAGGUGACCAAUGCUGAUAAGAUUUCCCAGGAUGCACCUUCUGUUUAUGAUUUCUCUCCUUCCCCUUCUCAUGAAAAGACUUCUAAGCAAAGCAAAAAACCAGCACGGGGAUUAACAAAAAAGCUGAAGAAGAAACGCCUAGCAGACUUCAACAAAGUAUGGGGUAUAGAGAAGGAAAAGCAGAAAGAUGGCAGUAGACCUGAAGAGAAAGAAGCCUCAGAUGAAUUCAGUGGAAAAAAGGUGUCCUUUUGCAGUCAGCCAUUAGUUGCCAGCACCCCAGAACCAAAGAGUACUGAAAAGACAUUAGGACAAGAAUCAGUGAAGGAAACUAACUUGAAUAAAAAUGGAAGCAAAUCAUACUUGGAAAUGUCCACACAAGUAAAACCUGUGGAAGAUAACGACAGAAAUAAAGUUGCAUGUCCUGCAGAAGAUAUCAUUGAGAGUGGUGUUACUACAGGUAAACCUCUACCAGGACGAAAUAAAGAGACUCUCUUAAAAUGUGGAAGGCAGCAAUCAAGAUCACCUGCUUUGUCUCAUUCUAAAAGACCUAGAACAAGUGAGAAGAGCACCAGUAGGCAGUCGGUCACCCAGCAGUCGCCACAGAAUUGCUGUACUAAUAUGUCUCUGGCUGCUGAAGAUGACAGUCUAGUUGAUAUUUCUUCUGUAUAUAAACACACAGGUGGCACCGUAUCAAAGCCAAAAAACUCAUCAGCUUUUAAAGAAAUAAAUAGCCCUUUGGUAUCAGCAGCCCAGACUACCCCAUCCACUCCUAAUAACUGGAAUCAAAUAAAAGCCCAGACUACUCCAUCCACUCCUAAUAACUGGAAUCAAAUGGCAGUUACGCAGAGUCCCUCUUUGUCAAAGAAGUACCCUGACCAGAGCACAACUACCAAAAGAAAUCAUAAAGGAGAGACUUUGCUCCACAUUGCUUCUAUUAAGGGUGACUUAACAGCUGUUGAACUUCUACUGAAAAAUGGGGCAGACCCUAAUGUUAAAGACCAUGCUGGAUGGACACCAUUGCAUGAGGCCUGUAAUCAUGGGCACAAGGAAGUUGUGGAACUAUUACUACAGCAUGGAGCUCUGGUGAACACUACUGGGUAUCACAAUGACUCUCCUCUUCAUGAUGCUGCCAAGAAUGGUCAUGUGAGCAUUGUUGAGCUGUUGCUCUUGCAUGGAGCCUCCCACAACGCGCUUAAUAUAUUCGGUUUGCGGCCUGUGGACUAUGCAGAAACUGAAAAAAUGAAGUCUGUGCUGAUGCUACCAGGGAAGAAUGAAUCAUCCUCAUUUAGUCAAUCUGUAGAACAAGCAAGCCCAAACCACCCUAAAGAUGGACCUGUUAUUCUAUUGGGGAGCAGCCUUAGUUCAGAUAAACAGAAAUUACUGAGCAAACUGUCAGCAGUUCUGAAGGCUAGAAGGUGUAUGGAGUUUAACAGCACAGUGACUCACGUUAUUGUCCCUGAUGAUUCAAUCCGAAGUACUUUCAAAUAUAUGAUGGCUGUUCUGUCUGGAUGUUGGGUCUUGAAAUUUGAAUGGGUGAAAGCAUGUCUGCAAAGCAGAGUUCGAGAAGAAGAGGAGAAGUAUGAAAUUUCUGGUGGUCCACAGAAAGGCAGACUCAACAGAAUAAAACUGCUGCCUAAGUUAUUUGAUGGUUGCUACUUCUAUUUUCUGGGAACUUUCACCUGUCAUCAGAAGAAUGACCUUACAGAACUGGUUAAAGCAGGAGGUGGACAAAUCCUCAUCAGGCAGCCAAAGCCAGAUAGUGAUGUGACACAGAGCAUCAACACAGUAGCCUACCAUGCAGAACCGAGUUCUGACCAGAGCUUUUGUACUCAGUAUAUAAUCUAUGAUGUGUCUUCUAAAUAUAAACCAGAUAAAAUUCGUCAAGGAAAAGUCUGGAUGGCCCCCUCCAGCUGGAUGAUAGAUUGUGUGAUGUCAUUUCAGCUGUUGCCUGUCACAAUGUGAUUCUCUUUCUUCAGCAUUAGUGAGGCUCUAAAGGGAAUGUUGAGCCUUUUAGACACUUGGACACCACAGCUUUAAAUGCCAGAAUGCUCAGAAAUGAACACAAAAGUUUUCUACUUUAAAUGAAAGACUUAAGAGAUCAUGGUGAAUUGCUGAAUUUUUUAACAAAUUAACUAAGAACGAACACAGAAAGGAUAGUGGGAGAAGAUGUACUGUUUUCACUUGACAGAGCUGCUUUUUAAAAUUAUUUAUAGUUCAGCAUACUAGCGACUGCUGUAUUUUGCAGUUAAGCAUAUUUUGUAAUAUGAGAACUUAGACUACACUUACUCAUUUAUGUAAAAACUUCAAAGGGGGUAAAAAGUUACCACUUGUGUGCAAGCUGUAAAUUAGUAAGAUUUUGAAAAACAAGAUCUAAUGUUAGCCUCCUAAAUCUGUAUUACUGCCUUUCCCUGAUUUUCCUGAGACCAGCGACAUCUGGUAGUGUGCCUCAGCCCUUUUGACUAUUGGGUAUCUGAAUACAGCUGAGGAUUCUAAUUUUAAACUCCUUGCUAGGUUUUUCAGAAAGUUAUAUUAUUUAGGACUGGUCUCAUUGAAAGCCCAGGAUUUGUGGCCCUAAGUCAAUUAGGAGUGCGAGUGGUCCUAAAAUACUUUAUUUCAUAACAAAAUACAAGUCAGCAUCCAAAUUAAUUCUACUCCUAUACCUGUGAGUGUGUAAUUAAUGAUUCCUAAUAAAAUAGCAUCCAAUUUAAGGCACUUUUUCUUAAUUUUAAAAAGAUUAAUUCUGUUUGUUGCUACUUCUGCAUGUGUACAAAUGACAACUAAUUUUGCCAUUGUGCUUCUCUAAUAGCAAAACUAGUGACUUUACUUCCUAAAAGGCAUGAUUUGGAUGUAAAGUUGUUUAAAAUGUCUGUUGGCUACAUCUCUAUGAAUUACAUAUUUGUAUAUCUGUUGUAAUCACUGUUUGCUUUCUUACUAAAUCUUUUUUUUUUUCCUUUCGUAUUUGGCUUGUAUUUAAAUGUCUGUGAUAUUUUUUUCCAGUGUUCUUUAAUGUCUCCUAAAGUUUUUCACCUUGUAUGCUAUCAGAUAUAAAAUGACUUUAAGCCAUGUGAUUGUAAUGAUUGCUAUGCAGUGGGAGUGUGGGUUGUGAUGUGAAGUUCUUGUGUUCAUAUUUUGGGUUGCUUAUAAUAAAACUUAGUGCUAAUC